UUUUUUUUUCUUUUUUUUUCAGUUUCCGAAGGUUGUAAUAAAGAUGGCUUCGGGUAAACAAAUCAUGGUGAUUGCAAUGGACGAUAGUCCACACAGCAUGUACGCCUUGGAAUGGACCCUUGAUCACUUCUAUACUCCUUUCGGAUCCCUCCGACCUUUUCAUCUCGUCGUCGUUCAUGCCCGACCUGUGCCCAUAUCAUUCCUUCAACUCGUCGGAUCUGCAACAGCAGAGAUUAUGCGGAUGAUGGAGAUUGAUUUAAAGCAGGCAGCCACAAGGAUUACCGAGAAAGUGAAGGAUUUAUUCAAUAAAAAAUCUGUGAAUACUUUGAACGUUGAAGUAAUGGAAGGAGAUCCAAGAAACGUGCUAUGUGAAGCUGUUGACAAACACCGUGCAUCGGUACUGGUAAUAGGAAGCCAUGGAUAUGGUCUUGUGAAAAGGGCUGUGUUGGGGAGUGUAAGUGAUUACUGUGCUCACCAUGCUCACUGUUCUGUAAUGAUUGUGAAGAAGCCCAAGACCUAACUAGGAAUAAGCUGCAAAUCAAUUAGGCCACACAACAUCCUUGUUACUUUUUUAAUUAUUCUUUUACAAAAU